AUGGCUGCAUUGGUGCAGACGUAUCCGCAGCAGACUUCUACAGCCACGAUGCUUCAAACUCGCCCUUCGUCAACAGGUGGCAUGAUAACGACUAAUCAGCCGCACGGUAACCAUCCAUAUAAUAUGGGUGGUUCACAGGCUCCAAGAUCUGCCUAUAGCUCUAACGGGUCUACUGGAUAUAGAAAUGGCUCUGUUUCUAGACAGCCUUUUGCAUUCUCUAGCACGCCAAACUUGGGUCAAACCUUGUCAUGGCAGCAAUAUGGCACAUACAGAACAACUCCUUCCGGCGCAGUCCCCUCAUCGCCGUCCCAUGAUUCUGGAGUCAACUAUCGCCCUGCUAUGCAAAGCAGCCCAUCCGCCAACUCCAUGGGUCAUUCGAACUCUUUUGGAUUAGGUUAUGGUGGCUCGCGAGAUGAUUCUGCUCUGACACCCGGCCGAGUCACGGCGCCUACAGCACGGCCGCAAUCGUAUUUCUCUGUUUCCACGCAGCCCUCCUUUUCGUCUUCUACCAAGCAGAGUGGUCCAGAUCGAUACAGACGAACAAGCACUGUUCAACCUUCUCAUCAUAGUCGCUCUCAAAGUACCACACUCUCACCCAGUCCAUCGAUGGUGUCUCCAGGUCAAGCGUAUCAAGCCAACAGGAGAUAUUCUGCGUCAAACAUGUCUGCCAAUCAAGGUUUGGUAUCUGUAUCUUCAAUCGAUGACCUACAGCAAUACAAAAAGUCUGGUCAGGAUGACGCUAUGAGAAUGCGUAGACGCAGUGUGCACACAAUCGACACACGAGAGUUCUCAAACACAAGGCCAAUCUCGCGUGAUAGUGCCGACGGAAAACAGGCUCGCCUCUUGCAGACCAACUCUCAUUCGCGCAAUGGAAGUUCGGAGAGUGUUGCCUCCACCCGCAGCAGCCAUUCCAGGCGGUCAUCUGCAACCAACCAUAAUGUGUCUACCCCCACCAGUAACCCCUCUUUAUCUGGAAGUGAUGAAACUGCCAAAAGUGAACAGCAGAAGAUGCUGAGUGUUCCUCCUCGAGGCUCCUCGUCUGAUGUUGUUAAGCGCACUCACAGCCCUUCGCCUCUAUCCAAGCCGGCGACGAUGGCAAAUGAGGCCACCGAAGACACCGGGUCGGCGUCUGGCGCCGCAACUAAUUUCGAGUCACCUGCCGCAAAACAACUGGCUGCACUUAACCAAAAAGGGGGCAAAACCAAAAGCAAAACUUCAAGAUUACGACGAGCUUUCUCAUUUGGCAGCGCCGCCGAGUUUCGAAAGGCUGCAGAAGAGGCGGAGAAGGCGGAACCAUCCAAGCUUCAUAAAGAACCAACAGCAGAGGAGGCAUACGAUGCCGAGCAGGCACGUAUUGCCCAGGCACAAGAGGCCGGUGGUAUUGGUAAUAGCAUUUAUGGUGGAAGAUUCUUUGGAUCUACGGAUAACCUCUCCAUCUCCUCCACUGCUUCAUCGGCGUCAAUUAUGAUUCGCAAAAUGGGCCGGGGGAUGAAGAAGAGCACCCGAUCCCUUGUUGGCCUCUUCAGACCAAAGUCAGUUAUUGGUGUUCCUGCCGCUGAACCGCUGGCACCGGAGGCCAGCCAGGCGACCGUUUCAAUGAUCACAGUGGAGGCCGAAGCUCAACGUGUGAACGUAACAGCAGAUCCUCAUGCUGCUAAUGGGGGUACUGGAUUCCCGCGCCUCGAGCGGAACUCAAUUGAUGCUGCUCACGUGCCCGAGAUUGGGGACGAAAGACUGGGUAGCUCCGCAGGGGAGCAGCGUAAGAGCAUUGUUGGUGGGGAUAAGGAACGCGCUGAAGUGCUCGCCGCUGUGAGAAAGGGUAUUUUGAAACGACCUGGAAGCCCUUCAGUGAGAGUCACAGACGGGUGUCCUUCCCCAGACCUAGUUCUCCCCAACAUCCCGGCCAUUGCUGACUCUCCCAUUUCGAGUGCGCCUAGCACACCCAAUGAUGAGACUCUGGGCCAUAAGAGGGCCGGUUCCAUCGCCAUUGGCAGCGAAGAUUACUUCAUGUCUGCUUUGCGCCUUCGCCAAGACAGCCAGUCGGGAACACCACCUGCCAAGCGAAAUGCCACAUUCUCGCCUCGUAUCAUCUUUUAUGACACGUGGCCCAGUCAGGAGUAUGAUCGCCGUGGAGAAAUCGCCACGUGCAAUCGGCUCACUCCUUUGCUUGCACAGCAGAUCAAGGAAGAACUCAACUCGUUUAAAAUGGAAAUGGAGGUACAUGAGAACUCCAAGAUCUACACCCACUUCUUCUGA